AUGUCGCUCGUCUGGGUCAGUCAUUCUGGCUCCGGACACCGACACCCCAGCGCACGUAAAAUCAUCAAUUCACACGCAGCGCAAAUUGGCAGGGACAAACACCGAGAACGCUUGGCGCACACAACCGAGGAUGCUGCUGUCGUCCGCAGGAAGAAGAAGCCGCGGAAGGGCGAUGACAGUGAAGGCAAUGAGAGAAAUAAAGUGUUGCCUGUGUGGGAGAACACAAGUCCGCUUAGCAACCAAAUUGGCAUGAGUUUCCUUGUGCCGUUGGCCUCCAGGGUUACUGAGGUACUUCCUCACGACGGACUUGUCCUAGGCCUCUCUAAAGCACAGACUGCCAUGUACGGACGAGAACUGCUUGGGAGGGCAUAUCAAAAUGAGGUGUUUUUGCUGGGUCUGGCACUAUACCGGCUCUGUGCGCUACCACUGUCAAAGAUGCCCGGUAGCGGGACACGAAAUAUCAUAGAUACCAUGCGGGCACGUUUUAUAAACUUGAUAAACUCAAAAUUGGCCUACAGAGCCAUCAAUGACACUCUUAUCCAUAGCAUUUGCUGUGCGACCCCUGUCGAUGAGCACCUGGGACUCUUGGAGUACAGUGUCGCGCACUUGAGAGGCCUUGAGGCACUUGUCGAAUUAAGAGGAGGAUUCAGCCAAGUUGGCUCGUCAUACGGACCCCUCGCCGACACUUUGCAGUCGUCAGUAUUACACGCCAUCACCACUACAAAACUCAACAUCAAACGCGAUGGACAACCCCAAACACCAAUCGCGUCAGAGCAAUCGACCCCGAAAGACCAUAUUAUCGAGUUGAGAUGCCCAAUACCAGGUUGUUUGACCCCAUUCUAUGGAGAGAAUACGGAAUUACCUGAAGGCUUUGCAGAAUUAGCGGCCAUGGACGCCCUAUCGCUACCCAUGUGUCAUAUCAUCCGGGACUUCCAGAGGUGGCUUCACAAUCUACCCGUCGACAAGGCAGAUGAAUGUGCCUCUUGGCGACAUCAAAUUCCGGACAAUCUCAGCAACCUUGAAAAAUGCAUAUACUUAGCCUUGAGCUGUCUGGCGGACGACCUCAGCGCCGUCGGAGUCCACGUCUGUAUGGACCUGUGGCGAAAGCCGCGACCACGAGCCAUACAGAUUCUUCACGAGACUACUCUCUGGGAAGUGCCCAAAUUUGCAGACUGCCUCCUGUGGGUAGCUACGUCAGUAUCGUUGGCGAAUGAUCUCGUCCCGUACGACAUCUGGGAACAGCUACAAGACAAAAUUCUCGCCUCUAGGCCUGACAUCGUGGCUAUUGACGACAUCGUGCUCAUCUUGCAGGGGUUUUUCGCUCCCGAGAAGAGGCUCCGUAUAUGGCGAAGUCGUUGGGAGGGAAGAUUACUUCGACCGUGGUAG